AUGUUUUCGCUCGGCAAGCUAUCGAAUAACUCGGUCCAACCUGUCUAUUUCGAUAUUAGGUUGAAGUCCCCAUACAAGAAUAUAGUAUUGAUACAUGGGACACCAUUGGAAGCAUCACCGAUACCAAUCAGUGGGCACUUGGUAUUAUCUAUUCCAGAGUCCGUUACAGUGAAAAAGAUCUCUUUGAAGCUUGUGGGAACUUUUAAGCUGGAAUUUCUGCAAGUUGGCCAUCACAAGAACUCGAGUCUUGCAAGCAUAGUAAAAGAGCGCAAGACGAUUUUUGAAUGUGUUUGGAAUAAUCUCCUUGUUUCUUCAGAUGGUACAAUCAGUAUUGGAUCUACAGAAGACGGGGAGUCGGCGUCCAAUAGUAGCUCACAAGCAACAUCGAGCUCUGCAUUGUCCAGCACUUCACUCAACAAUCUGCUAAAACCAAUUAAGAAAACCUCUUCUAGCCCAGCUCUCCACCUGCCACCAAACGGAGUAAGCUCGACUCCUUAUGGCGGUGUUGCGACUAAUCCAGGACAAUCGUUCGUUUUGAGUGAAGGAAAUUACGAGCUACCCUUUAAGGUAUCGCUUCCUCCUCACACAGCAGAGACUAUUGAAGGUUUACAGGCCGGCUCAGUACUGUAUAAGUUCGAGGCACAUGUGGACCGGGGCAGUUUUAAAACCUCAUUCUCAAAACACAAAUACCUGCGUAUCUUUCGCACACUAUCACCCAAUAACAUGGCUGUAGGGGAGGAAAUGAGCGUGGCAAAAAGCUGGCCGGACAGAUUGCAGUACGAAAUUUCUAUCCCUAGUCGUGCCAUUCCUAUUGGUGGAGUAACGCCUGUUACAAUCAACCUGUACCCUUUCCAGAAGGGUUAUCGACUUAUCAAGAUAGACGCGGAUUUGAUCCAAUACUACGCGUUUAAGGAUGGAAAUGGGCAGCUUUAUGAUGACGAAAGCGUUGUGAUGCACCAGGGCAUGGCCAAUUUCAAGGACUUGAACGGGUGUGACCCUACAAGAGAGAAUCUCGUUACGGAUAAAAUCGAGUUGGAAUCGUCUCUCAGCUUCCCUAAAAGCCUCAAACAAGUGACGCAGGACUGUGAUAUAGGAUUUGACGCCAUAAGGGUCCGUCACAAACUAAGUAUCAAGAUCUGCCUGAAAAGAAAAGUGGGUGAAGAGGACAAGAGCACAGAAAUCAAGGCAAAUAUUCCAGUCUUUCUGUAUGUGUCUCCACAUGUUCCUUUAGAAGGACGUCUUGUGUUGCUGGACAACGCGGGAAAAGUUCAUUUUCGUCCUGGAGAAGGAGUGCGUAUCUUCGAAAAACAAAAUCCUGUAGGUCAUUCUCAAAAUUCCGCCUCAUUGAAUAAUUUGCAGCGGUUGGAUGACGGGUCGCUUGCCGUGAAUUACUUUCCUCAGGAGGAUAUCGAAGCUCCGCCCACCUAUUCUAACCACAUGCAUGAUCAGUUGUAUGAAGGAGCUGCAACUUGUACCAGCCCAACUCCUGAGCUCAUGCGAAGUAGGACUGCAAGCCCAAUUCAAAACCGUCCUUUAUUGAGGGCCACUACCGAAAGCAGCUUUUUGCUCGAUAACCUCACGAGAUCUGCUCAGGACUUAUCUCUUGAAGAAUUGAAUAAGCUACCAGACUAUGAACAGGUAGGAGAAGAUGCAGAAGACGAGCCGGCUUUACCAUUCCUUGAGCUGACACCUUCCUAUGAAAACUCUGACGAAAGUCCACCCUCUGAGAGAGCAUCUUUCGAGCCUAUUAGUGUACCAGCUCACAGGCCGGGUCAUGUCUUUCAUGGGGGGUUGGCGAACUUCGUACACAGUAGGUCCCGUAACCAAGAUCACGAGCCGUCAACUUUGACACCUUCUACCAGUCGAACAGCUAAAACUGGACGUUCCCACAAUUAG